AUGUCGCAACCCCACUCGCCAUAUGAUCUCAAAAUCGCCAUCCUCGGCGCUGGAAUGGGCGGCCUCACCACCGCCCUGGCCCUCGCGCGCGCCGGCUUCAAACACAUCGACGUGUACGAAUCGGCAUCGGACCUCGGGUUCGUGGGCGCCGGCAUCCAACUCGCCCCGAACAUGGCGCGCGUGCUGGACCGUCUCGAUGUCUGGGAUGGCAUCGCUGCGGAGGCGGUGGAUAUCAAGGAGACGAGCGUGAGGGUCGGCUCCACCAACGACGAACUCGCCCACGUCGAUCUGCACGACAUCGCGUCCAAAUACGCCUACCCGCACAUGGUCGGCCACCGCGCGUCGCUGGCCAACGGGCUCUACAAGGGCUGUCUACUACACGAGAGCAUCAGGUUCCAUUUCGCGACGACAGCGUCGGACAUCAACAUCUCCUCGACGCCGUCAUUCACAGCCACCCCGCGUGACAGCUCUAUCCCCGCAUACAAAGUGACAGCAGACGUGGUGAUCGGCGCCGACGGAAUAAAAUCCGCUACGCGCAGCGCGAUGCUCUCGGCGCUCGGGAUCUCGGAGAUAGGCGUACAAGACACACAGCAGGCAGCGUACCGGAUUAUGAUCCACGCGGAUCAAUUGAGGUCGGAGGAUUCAGAUAUCAAGGCUUUGCUGGAGAGUAAUAAGGUGGUGCGAUGGAUCGGGGAGAAGAGACAUAUUAUUGCGUAUCCGGUGUCGAACAACAAGAUCUACAACCUCUCGACGACGCAGCCGGAUACGAACUUCGCCGCCGCGACGAACGCGACGUACACGACGCGCGGGUCGAAGGAGGCGAUGAUGCGGGUGUUUGGGGACUUCUGCCCCCUGGUGCAGCGGAUGCUGGGGUACGUGAGCGAGGGGGAGGUAUGUGAGUGGAAGCUGCGGUGUCAUGAUCGACUGCCGACGUGGGUGUCUGGGAGUGUGGCGCUGGUGGGCGACGCGUGCCAUCCGACGCUGCCGCAUCUGGCGCAAGGGGCGGCGCAGGCGAUUGAGGACGGGGCGGUGCUGGCGGUGGUGUUGGGACGGAUGCCGGAUGGGAGCGCCGGGAGUGUGCAUCGAGCGCUGAAGGCGUAUGAGAUGGUGAGGAAGGAGAGGGCGUAUGCGUUGGUGGACAUGGCGGCGGCGUCGGGGAGGGCGUUGCAUUUGGGCGACGGCGCGGCCAAGGAGGAGCGCGAUAAGCAGUUUGCGGCGCUGAAGCAGGGACGAGGGCCGGUGCCGGAUAAGUGGGCGGAUGCGGACGUGCAGAAGGAGAUCUAUGGCUUUGAUUGUGUGCAGGAGGCCGAGGAGAGGUUUGGCGAGUAUUUCGAGAAGGCGUCGCUAUGA